AUCCAGUGGCAGUGUCUCUAGCCAAUCCGCGUCCCCAUUACGUAUAGUGCUAUGAAAGCACUGGAUAAUUUCUCAUCUUCUUUCUCCAGGGUUUCUUACUGAUUUUUCUAGGGUUUUUAUCUUUUCUUCCAAUUUUCUUAACUCUCUCGAAAGAUCGUAUUGGUAUAUAUUUCUCCCUUGAGAGGACAAGGUAAAAACUGACUGCAGCUAGAAGAAUGCCAAAGAUAAAGACUAACCGUGUCCAAUAUCCCAGUGGGUGGGAAUUAAUUGAGCCUACUCUUCGUGAGCUGGAAGCUAAGAUGAGAGAAGCUGAAAAUGAUGAACAUGAUGGUAAGAGAAAGUGUGAAGCACUGUGGCCCAUUUUCCGAAUUGCGCAUCAGAAGAGCCGCUACAUCUACGGCCUGUACCACAGAAGUAAUGAAAUAUCCAAGGAGCUAUAUGAAUUCUGCUUAGAUCAAGGCUAUGCUGACCGCAACCUAAUUGCAAAAUGGAAGAAGCCUGGUUAUGAACGGCUGUGUUGCCUCCGAUGCAUUCAGCCACGGGACCACAACUUCCAAACUACGUGUGUUUGCAGAGUGCCCAAGCACCUUAGGGAAGAGAAGGUCAUAGAAUGCGUACAUUGCGGGUGCAAGGGGUGUGCUAGUGGUGAUUGAUUUGAUCUUCUUCUGAGUAAAAUGACAUUGUGAUCGAUCCCUCUUAAUACAUGUAAGCCAUCUGAUUUUGGAUUUUGGUUUUUGGAAGGUUCAGAUGAAUCUCCAAAGGUGCUACCAUAUUCAUGCAACUCUGUAUUGGACAGAUCAGUGCUCCAAUAUGGAUACUUGAGAUUUUUGCAGUACAAAAACCUGUGAGGCCCAGGUGGCUCACCUGUAAUCUAUCAGGUCCUUAAUCUGA